UCAACAUAAACAAACUAUUACAAAAGCUUCUUACAUGGUUAGACUCACCUGAGUGGUCUAAAAGUGUCACCAACGGACCAUCUUAACAGGGUAUAAAAGUCACAACAAUAUGUAUUCUUUUUUCAAGAGUUUUGCCUCUAGCAGUCACAUACUCUUUUACGACAUUGCUUCGCCAUGUUUAAACGACAUUUAAGUGGCCAUUUAUCUCAUUGAAAUGAAAUAAUACAUGGUUUAUCUUACAAGGCACAAGCCUUCUGCUGGCAUGGCCGGUCUAAGGAUGGCUAUUCCGGGUUGUUGCAAAAUUACCAGUCACUUGGUGGCAGGGGCAUUUAUUCCCACCAAAUGAAGGCCAUCCUCUUCCUCAAUCUCCGUAUGAAGGGAACUAUGGCGUGGAAAGGCGACGAAAUCCUGAAGCAGAGAUCUUGGAGCAGGAUCCCAGAUGCUCACGUCCAUCAAUCAAUCGAGAUAAUUGGAGAGUUGGUCGCAUCUGAGGGCCAGGCUGGUGAAAUUCCUGCAUUGUAUGCUGUUAUGCUACGUAUCUGUCCAGUAGUAGAGCUGGCCGUAUUGGUGUCCCUUGAGGGGGAUCAAUUGUUACAAUUCUUCUAAUGUGCUUUCAUUUUAUUAGAGGACAUUAUUUCGUCAUGCUUGCGCAUGACAAAUGAUGACUUGCCUUAGUUAUGCUUUGUAGCUGUUAAUUGACUGUGGACUAUUUGCAAUAGUCGUGGAAAU